CUACAAAUUACAAAAGAGACAGAGAUAUAUACCUGUAGCUAGCUAGGGUGAUGGGAAAUGAUGGAGAUCAUGGUGAUAUCGAUAAUAAUGUUACCCCUUGGAAUAUGUCCAUUUCAAGUGGUCACAUUUUGUUGCGAGACCCACGCCAUAACAAAGGACUAGCGUUUACCGAAAGAGAAAGAGAUGCUCAUUACUUACAUGGUCUUCUUCCUCCCACAAUAUCUACUCAAGAACUUCAAGAGAAAAAGUUUAUGCACAUACUCCGUCAAUACGAGGUUCCCUUGCAACGAUACAUAGCAAUGAUCGAUCUUCAGGAGAGAAAUGAACGAUUGUUUUACAAGCUUUUGGUCGAUCAUGUGGAGGAGCUACUACCAAUCGUUUACACUCCAACUGUUGGAGAAGCUUGCCAGAAAUUUGGGAGCAUUUUCCGACGUCCUCAAGGACUAUACAUCUCUUUAAAAGACAAAGGGCAGGUACUCGAAGUGCUAAGAAAUUGGCCCGAGAAAAACAUCCAAGUGAUUGUCGUAACUGAUGGUGAACGUAUAUUGGGGCUCGGUGAUCUUGGUUGCCAAGGGAUGGGGAUACCAGUAGGAAAACUUUCUUUGUACAGCGCACUUGGAGGAGUUCCCCCUGCAGCUUGCUUGCCGAUAACCAUUGACGUUGGCACAAACAAUGAGAAGUUGCUUAACGAUGAGUUCUACAUAGGAAUGAAACAAAACCGAGCAAGAGGGGAGGAAUAUGAUGCACUGUUAGAGGAGUUCAUGAGUGCAGUGAAGCGAAACUACGGAGAAAAAAUCCUUAUCCAGUUUGAAGAUUUCGCAAACCACAAUGCCUUUUCAUUACUUAAUCGUUACCGAACAACUCAUCUUGUUUUUAACGACGAUAUACAGGGGACUGCAUCUGUUGUUCUUGGAGGCCUGCUAUCGGCUCUGAAAGUACUUGGUGGCACCCUCUCUGAUCAUACGUUCUUAUUUCUAGGUGCAGGGGAGGCGGGUACUGGUAUAGCAGAACUUAUCGCACUCCAAAUAUCAAAGACAACGGGUGCAAGUGUGGAAGACUCUCGUAAAAAGAUUUGGCUCGUUGACUCGAAGGGAUUGGUUGUGAGCUCGCGAAAAGAGUCCCUUCAACAUUUUAAGCUUCCAUGGGCUCAUGAGCAUGAACCGAUUAGCACUCUCUUAGAUGCGGUGAAGGAAAUCAAACCGUCUGUACUGAUAGGAACAUCUGGUGUUGGUAGACAAUUUACACAAGAAGUUGUCGAAGCCAUGUCAUCGAUUAACGAGAAACCGCUCGUUAUGGCUCUAUCAAACCCAACCUCGCAAGCAGAGUGUACAGCCGAAGAAGCGUAUACAUGGAGCCAGGGUCACGCUAUUUUUGCUAGUGGAAGCCCGUUCGCUCCUGUAACAUAUGCAGACAAAAUAUUUGUACCCGGCCAGGCAAACAAUGCUUACAUAUUCCCAGGAUUCGGUUUAGGAUUAAUCAUGUGUGGUGCUACUCGUGUUCACGAUGAUUUACUUUUAGCUGCAUCGGAAGGUUUGGCAUCACAAGUAACAGAAGACGACUUUGCAAAGGGACUUAUAUAUCCACCAUUUUCCUGUAUCCGGAAGAUAUCAGCACACAUUGCAGCAACUGUAGCUGACAAGGCAUAUGAACUUGGUCUAGCUUCUCUUCUCCCUAAACCUGCAGAUCUUGUUAAAUUCGCUGAGAGCUGCAUGUAUUCCCCGGUCUACCCUAACUAUCGCUAAAUCCAUCAAAUACACUUUAUAUACCCUACUCGUGUUAUAGUAACAGCUUUACAUUUGGUAUUAAAACUUUAUUUUGCACAUCGAUACGAAUGUGUUCUUGUGGCAAAAUGGAAUUUUCAAGUAUUUGACUAUUUGGGUCAAAAA